AUGCUCAAGGUGUUUUUGAAGGAGGACGGCGCGUCGAUGGGCCGCCGCCGCGCAACGCGCUUUUCGAUGCUGCCGCUCUCGCGCCGCAUGGACAAGCUCAUUGACGCGGCCAAGACGCGCUCGACCGAGCCGUGCAAGCUCUGUGCCCGCGUCGACCACGAGACGGACCACCACCGGUGCCGGUACUGCACGCGGCGCGGGGACCACCGCGGCGACGCGUGCCCGUACCGCGCCGAGGGCUGCGUGCUCUGCGGCAGCAAGCGCCACGCGACGGGCGAGCACCGCUGCAGCGUCUGCGCGCAGUAUGGCCACCGCGGCCGCGACUGCCACCAGCAAAGCACGGUCGGCACGCUCGAGAUGCUCGCGUACUUUCGCUUCCACGAUUUUUUGUACUACAACAACAACCUCAAAAAGUCGGUCGAGUUUUCGACGGGCUGAGUUGCGGUAUCAAAUUAUGGCAAAGACCGAACACAGGAACUGUGGAAUGGAUGGUUGAACACCCUGUCGUUGUACGUCACAACAUAGGGUCGCUAUUACCACCUUUAGCGUCGUACUUUUUUCCGAGUACAACGGGUCCGUCGACAUCACCCUUCUCACCACGCUACCCAAGGCUUUCGUCUUUCACUACUUGAUUGGCACCAUAACCGAUACUACUACUUGG